AUGCCAGCGACGGACUAUCAGAGUUCGUCUCCUUCAUCGUUAACGCAGUUCGGUCGUUCAAUUCUAAGCUUUCGUCGUGAACAGGAGGAUUUGCUUUCGUUGAAAUGGAUUGGGAAGCUUCUGGAUUGUUUUCUGGUUUGUCAGGAGGAGUUUAAGGCUAUCCUUUAUAGCCAUAAGAGACAGGCAUCGAGAUCGCCGUUGGAUCGAAUGGUGUCGGAUUAUUUUGAGCGGAGUGUGAAGGCUUUGGAUGUUUGUAAUGCGAUUCGUGAUGGGGUUGAGCAGAUUCGGCUUUGGCAGAAGCUGUUGGAGAUUGUUCUUUAUGCAUUGGAUCAUGAGAGGAGUAUUGGUGAAGGGCAGUUUCGGAGAGCGAAGAAGGCGCUGAUUGAUUUGUCCAUUAGUAUGCUUGACGAUAAUAAGGAUUCAAAUGUUGCGCAGAGGAAUCGGUCUUUCGGGAGGAAUAAUGGUGGUAGAGAGAAGGAUCACAGCCAUGGGAAUAGUCAUGGGAAUAACAACUAUCAACAUCAGUCUUUGGGGCAUUUUAGAUCACUUUCGUGGAGUGUUUCUCGUACUUGGUCUGCUGCUAGACAACUCCAAGCAAUUGGGAACAACAUUAAUCCUCCUAAAGCGAAUGAUCUUAUUGCGACGAAUGGUCUUGCGAUGUCGGUGUAUGUUAUGAAUUCAGUAUUGUUGUUUGUUAUGUGGGCUCUUGUGGCUGCUAUUCCUUGUCAAGACCGUGGUUUGCAAGUGCAUUUCACCAUUCCAAGGAGCUACACUUGGGCUAUUCCGUUGCUAGCGCUACACGAUAGGAUCUUGGAGGAGUCGAAGAAGCGCGAGAGAAAGAAUGCUUGUGGCUUGCUUAGAGAGAUUCAACAGAUUGAGAAAUCUGUUAGACAGAUGAGUGAAUUGGCUGAUUCGGCGCAGUUUCCGUUGACAGAGGAGAAGGAAGUGGAAGUUAGGCAGAGAGUUCAAGAGGUGUCAAAGGUUUGUGAUGCUUUGAAAGAUGGACUCGAUCCGUUGGAGCGCCAAGUGAGGGAAGUUUUCCAUAGAAUUGUGCGGAGCCGGACCGAAGGGCUCGACUCUCUUGGUAGUAGGCCAAACAAUGCUGAGUAA